GGCACCAUAUAUAGUUAAACAUACUGUCACCAGCUGAAUCAUUGUUUUGCUCACAAAUAUCAACAAUGUAAAGUUGGAUCACUGGAUUACUACUUCGCUACUUUUCUUAUAUAUUGUGGAAAUACAAUUGAAUAUAAUAGGCUAAAGGCUACCAUCUGUAUAACAGAACCAUGCCUGAAACAAGAAAGUUUGCCCAAGGUUUGAAACGGAAGGGAACGGCCACAAAGAGAAGGGAAAGUGCAACCCAAGCAAUGAGAGGAAGUGUCUAUUCAAGUUAUGAACCUAUGAAAACCGCGGCAUCGGAGCCGGUUGAUUAUGAAUCUUACAUUGUGAAACGACAAUCAGAGAUUCAACAUGACACAAUGAGGUCAUUGUUAUCUUUUCCUGCUGAUGAUGUCAUAUCCACAGUAAAACCCCGUGAAAGAAGAACAACCAUCGACACUGUCCCCCCCGAAGCUACCAAGGAAGCAUCCGGUCUGUUUGUUAAAGAGUGCAUUAAAACCUACACAUCCAACUGGAGCCUCAUCGAGCAUAAAUACGAGGCUUAUGCAUCUGAUUAUUUACACCUGCCUAGAGGAGAUGGUAGUGAACCACUCCUGCAAGAACAAGUAUUUGAAUUAGAUGAGGAACCCGACAUAGAUGAUGACAUCGCUUCGUCGCAUAAGGAAGGGGUUACCAAGCUUGGAUGGUUGUAUAAAGCACCUGCAUAUGGAGUGUCGGGGUUGUCUAUAAGGUCCUUCAAGAGAAGAUACUUCCACCUCAAACAACUUCCCGACAACUCCUACAUACUUAACUUCUACAAGGACGAGAAGAUAAGUAAAGAUCCGAAAGGAGCGAUCUACCUCGACUCAUGUAUUGGUGCCCAUGUGGUGAGUCUGACAAGCAAAGCUCGUAAACACGCAUUCGAGGUCCGCAUGCAAGACCAAUCUAGCCACUUGUUGGCAGCAGACACUGAAUCGGAGGCGAAUGAUUGGAUCGCGACCAUCAACCUGGCGCUGCAAAGCAGUAUAGAGGCUCAUGUUAGUCAAACAUUGAAGAAUGAGCACGAUAAGAACGGAGAUGAAUGCGGGCUGGAGAACCCGAAAAGUAGCAUGCACCCGGAGUUGGUGAAAUAUGCCAGAGAAACCGACCAGAAGAACUCACUUGCGAGGAAGGAGGGACGACAGAAUGUCAUCAAACUGUAUCCCGACUUCCAGGAUAGAUACAAUAAACCAAAACAUGGCAAGGCACCAUCCACCCAUGUUGAACCACCAGCCAUACUCAAGUCAUCCGUACAUCGCGUGUUGGUGGAUUGUAAAAGUAUCAGUUUCACUUUAAGGGGGGUUGUAAUUGAUGGAGCUGAUGAACCAGUUACUAAUGUCGAACCUUUCUUUGUCACCCUUGCAUUAUACGAUGCACAAGCGGGGAAGAAGAUAUCUGCGGAUCUGCAUGUUGAUUUGAACCACCCACUUGUGAGGAGGAUGGUACCUAAUAGACAAGCCAGCCAUAUUAAGAGAAGUUCCACAGUUAGUGUUGAAACCAGGACAGGAGAACCAAACCUACAGGUGGUGGAUAAGGAAUGGGUGGCCCAUCCUAAGAAGGGCAUAUUCUCGGUCACCAACCCCCACAAUGAGAUCUUCAUAGUAGCAAAGAUAGAGAAAGUUUUACAAGGAAGCAUCAAGUCUUGUACACAACCUUACAUGAAGUCCGAUGGCGAUAAUCAUAAAGUGGCCGCUAAGGUAUUGAAACAUGCUAAGUCUGCAUGUCAGAGGUUGGGGCAAUAUCGCAUGCCAUUUGCUUGGACAGCCAAACCACUAUUCGACAACGACAAAGGCCACAUCAGCAACACGACGUUUGAAUACGUUUACCGACAAGAAUCAAACAAACUCGCGCAAGAAGAUUUACUAAAGUUUCUGUCAGACUUUAAAAAGCCGGAAAAGUUAAGCAAGUUGGAAUACAUUGAAUGUGAAUUACAACUUGGAAUCGAUUCCGUUCCCACAGAUCUACCAAAUAUCCUUACAUCAUCAUACAUCCCUGUGAAACCAUAUGCACCUAUGACAUCAUCAAACCAAUCUAUGACAUCACAAGAGCCAGUGUUAGAGGUUGAUGAGUUCUUACCAACAUCUGCAAGCGAACAACACAUUAAUAUGGAACAUACGAACCAUUGUUAUGUUUAUCCUAAGUUUCUCAAUUAUGAUAAUCAAAAGACAUUUGCUAAAGCACGAAACAUCGCAGUUGUAGCCGAGUUCCGCGAUUCCGACGCUGAAGGCACCAAGCCACUCCAAUCCUUCUACAAACCCCCAGGCAUGGCGGGGGUCGGCCCCUUCACAACCCACGUGUCGGCAGCUGUGUUGCACCAUAAUGAAAAACCCGAGUUUUAUGAAGAGUGGAAGCUCUCCCUCCCCACCCAACUACAUCAUGGCCAUCAUAUUCUAUUCUCAUUCUACCACGUAGUUGUCGAUACCAACGCCAAGAAGAAGGAAUCCAACCAACUUGAAGUUGGAUAUGCGUGGUUGCCACUUUUAACAAAGGAUGGUAGAGUAGGCUGUGGUGAGCACCUUAUACCAGUAGCGGGUGUUUUACAACCGGGAUAUCUUUCACUUCAUGAGCAACUAGCACUUGGCAGAGUGGGCCGCCGUCGAGUGCCCACGUGACCACCAGGUUAUAUAGGCCGGUAUAUGAAGCACCUCUCCAACCGGUGUGAGGAUGAUAAAUAUUUUCAAACCCAACAUUCCAAACCUUAGAGUGGAAGUUGUGGUUUACGUCAUAUCCCAGUGCUGCCAGAUAUAUUUCAAUCCAGUGUUUCCAGAUUAAUUCUUUAAAUUC